AUGCCACUCGAACGGCCAUGCCGACGACGAGAGCAACGCUGCACGGAAUUAGCUCGGUCAUGGCCCUGAAAGUGUCUUCGGAACAACGCUGUCCUCGAAACGGCGGGUGGCCUGUUGGUUCUCAAAUUUCGUUCAUGCAAUCCGGAAUGGCACGCGGUGCGGAACGGAAAUGGACCUCGAAGCCCCCAAGUAAAUUAACAGAUUUGCCGGGUGGUCACCAACCUGCACGUGCCCUCGGAACGAUGCUGGACGAAAUAGGCUCGACCUUGAUGGCCCUGCAUGUUCCCUUAAACGUCGAUGUGUGGAUCAGGCUCGGUGGACGGUCACCGCCUUGCAAGUGACCUGGAACGAACCUGCACAAAUACGCCAGGUCAAGUUCAAGCGAAUCCGGUCCACGAUCCUGGCCUUUUCUCGUUCAAAAUAUGGUGAUUUAUUUGUAAUAUUUGCUUCCUUCGGAUCACUAAUUGUUUAUUUUUCCUCAUUAAAUAGGGUCAUACAAUCCGGAACUGCCAGGGACCAGGGACGGCUAUGGCUUAAGAAUAGAUUCGCCGGACAAUCACCAACUGCAAGUGCCCUCGGAACGACGAUGCACAGAACAGGAUCGAUAGAGGAUCAUGGCUUUGCAAGUUCCCUCGGAACGUCGCUGGAUGGAUCAGGCUCGGCGACGGUCGCCGUCCUGUGGGCAACUAGGUGGAACCGCUGCAAUCUACCGUACUGGAUGUGACCGGUGAAAACGAACCCGGGCAAUAAGUCGCCGGAAGAUUGAAAGUGAACGGAAAAGCUCCACCAAAUUGGACCAGCUCCCGCUCUUCCUUGCUCCGGACUAUCAAAAGCAGCAAAACAAGUGAAAAAAGAUUGAUUCUACGCAGAAUUUAAUAUAAACGAUAUAAUUUGAUUAAUAAAGUGCAAACACGCAAAAUAAUCGGAUCAAAAAAUAGAAAUUCUUUCAAUCAAAACAAACCCCUGAUGACAGAUGACGGAAAAAGAAGAAGAAGAACCUUUAAAAAGAGCUUGAUGCGCGUCCGAUUUUUCACCUUUACGUCGCUCUUACAUCGCCCCCGCACGUAGGCCUCUUGCGAUGUUCGAACAACCUUGACAGGUUGACGUUUCGGGUGCAAAAUACCUUGAUUCGGGUCUGAUGCAUGUCUCAAAAUCAGACCCGCGUCGGCCCCGGUAGGUCUGAUCGUCGCUCUUACGAUCAGACCCGAUCGGCCCCGUAU